AUGGAUGUGUUCGACAAUGGCGAUCAAAGAGAAAAAGUAGAAGUGGAGCACCCUCGUGCACAUAGAGCCGCACAAGAGAAUGUGAAACAGAUUUCACAAGAUUAUUAUUUUCCGAAAAUGACAAAAAUGGCAAACUCGCAAUCACCAUCGCAAACGCAAUAUUAUUAUACCCGUGGCGAUGAGAUUAGUGCCAACCAUAACAACAAUUUGCAGCAUUUGCAACAUUUGCAAGAACACUACUACAAGCACAACAUAAAUCCGCAACACAUUAACACAAAUUAUGCACCUCAGCCACACAAUGCACAGCAUUUUCACACCACAACAAAGGGGUUGCCACCUAUUACAACAACGGUGCAUCACACGCCACUAAGCUCAGCUGCUCUGGCCGGGACACCGCUAAGCAAACAUGUACAAGUCACUAAGUUCGUGCCGAUACCGAAAUAUCAUCAAGUUCAGGUACCCUUCAAUCAAACCGUGAAUAUCGAAAUACCACGCCCAGUUAUAACAACUGUGCCACGGCCUCUACCCAUAAAAAUACCGGUGACGAAGACGGUAACAGUACCACAAAUACAGGAAAUUAAGAUUCCAAUCGAAAAAAUUAAACCUUUCCCGGUUCAACAAUCUGUUCCAUAUUUGGUUGAAAAGCGGGUACCGUAUUAUGUACAAAAACAAGUGGUGACACCAUUCUAUUACCCAUAUCCCGUCAAGGUACCAAUAAUCAAGACAAUCACUCAUAAAACUUCGGCACAUAAUAGCCUCCAUCUGCCUUAUGGACAUUACAACACUUUGAGAGGUUGA